UUAUUAUGGUCAAAAUCAAUUAUAAUAAAAACAUGGUUUUCACAAGAAAACGAAAGGAUUUAAAUACUCAUUUCUUCUGUGCUCUGGUAUUUUUCUGUCAAUGUCUGGUUAUUUUGUAUUUGUAUAAACAUUUGAAACACAAUACAAGAAUUAACUUGGAAUCGGCAACUUUGAAGAAAAUGCGACAAGAAGCUCUAAACCAGGGAGACAAAAUCCGUGAAUCAAUAUUGGAAAUGUCAAAGCAAAAUGAAUCUCACAAAUUUUAUGAAACUCUACGUCCAGAAGCCUUUUGUCCUCUGAAAUUGAAAAUUGGAGGAGAUGGGGAUAGUGGAAAAGUCACUUGUGAUCCGAAAAGGGCGAGGAAUGAUUGCACUAUGAUGUCUCUUGGCCUGAAUGAUCAAAUUCAAUUCGAUGAGGAAAUCCAGUCAAUCACCGAUUAUCGAUGCAAUAUUAUUGGUGCAGAUAUGGCAAGGCAAAAUGCUACAACACAGGAAAAAUAUGCAAAAAUGAAAGGACAACUGUUUGUUGGCAAUGUGCCAGAUACAUUGAAAUUGUAUCGCAUGAUGAUUGACUCUGAAUCAAAAGAGGUGGAAAUUCUAAAAAUCGAUAUUGAAAGUUCAGAACACGCGGCACUUGAACCAUUCUUGAAGAAUUAUUUUGUGUGUCAGAUUCUGAUUGAAAUACACGGACUUCCUGCCAAGCAAUUGGAAAUGUUAAGGAAAAUCUCGAGAUUGGGUUUCCGAAUGUUCAACUUCGAACGUAAUCCCUCGUGUACAAUAUGUUGCGAGUACAGUUUUAUCAACGAAAUGUGUAUGUCAAGAUAUCAAGUUAUUCCAAUGGUUUCUUUGAUUACGUGAAUAAAAUUUUUGAAAGUGAUUUAAA